UGCUGAUGAUAAGAAGUUUAAGACAACUGUAUCCAUGUCUCCUUUAGUUGGGUUAGACAAGCAGAUACAACAUCCAUUACCAGACUUUAAGGAUAGUAGAGUAGCCAAAGAAAUGACUCACCGGAACAUAGAAUGGCACCAUAACACUCCUUACGCAAAUCAUCAUCGAGUAUGGGAAAGAUUAAUAGGAAGCAUACGCAGACUUUUGAGCGCAGUAUCUAUGUCCUACGAGACACUCACCACCUGUUUGACUGAAGCAGAAAGAAUACCUAAUGAUAGACCACUCUUACAGAUGCGAACAAAAUGGACACAAGGAAGACGAGAUUUACAAGUUCUCGGUCCAGUCUUGAUUAUUGAGGACACUUAUGCACGAAAUAACUGGUCUAAACGCCUCGUGGUAAGUUUUGACCCAGGAGGAGAUGGUCUAUGGAACCAAGUGAAGAUCAGAACGUGGAAGGGUACAAUUAUUAGAGAUAUACGUAAAAUUUGUUUAUUAGAAGGGGUGGACGACUGAACAGUAGAGGAUAGAGAGACCUUUCAGAGUGACUGUGGCUAGAGUAAAUUGUACCAUUGUCACCUCUGAACGUUUUACGUUAAUACCUAAUCAGCGAAAGUAAGGAAAGACAUGCUGUCUUUGGGGGGCGGUGUUAAGUUUGUCUUACAUUAUUCCUACAUUUUCCCUUUCUACUCUUUGUAUGUUGUUUUAUACUACUUAUUUACGUUCAGUAGGCAGCUGUAUGCCAAACAAUUUUCACACUUAUGUUGUAUCUCAAGUUGUACUGUAACAUUCUGGAAUGUUCACCUAUAUCCUUAACGUUUAUUUUACUUAUAAUUGUAUUUACCAUUAUAAUCACUGUAAUUUAACUACUGUAACGAUUAUCCACAGUUUUGUACAUUUGUUUGAAUGCAACAGUUUCCAUAUUGUUUUGCUCUUGGUUCGAGUUUCGGUUGUUCAUAAACUGUUACCAAAUUUAGAC